GAAAUAACUUCAAAUUUCAAAACGAUGAUUGGGAAAGGAGGAUUUGGAGAAGUUUACUUUGGCACCCUGAAGGAUGGCACCGAUGUUGCUGUUAAGAAACUGCUUUCAACAUCAGAGCAAUGCCGUAAGGCAUUCCUAAUAGAGGUAAAACUGUUGACUGAUGUCCAUCAGCGAAACUUGGUUUCUGUAGAGGGAUAUUGCGAUGAAGAUGGUAAGGAGGCAUUGAUAUUGGAGUAUUUGUCUAAUGGAACUUUAAAACAACAUUUAUCAGAGAAAAGCGGAAGAGUUUUGACAUGGACUGAAAGGCUUCAUAUUGCCUUAGAUGUUGCUUGUGGGUUAGAAUAUCUACAUGACCGGAACCCACCAAUAGUCCACAGAGAUUUGAAACCUGACAACAUCUUACUCAAUGAAAACAUGCACGCCAAGAUAGUUGAUUUUGGACUAUCCAGAGCUUUUGCAACAGAAUCUGCCACUCAUGUAUCAACUGAACAUUUCGCAGGCACACCUGGAUACAGAGAUCCUGAUUCUUGGAAGAUAGGACACAUAAGAAAGGAACAUGAUGUGUACAGCUUUGGGAUAAUUCUACUAGAGUUGGUCACUGGUAAGCCAGCAAUCAUAACACGAGACAAAGAUGAAAGGAUUACCAUUAUUGAGUGGAUUUACAGUUUUACUAAAAGACGGGAUAUCCGGAAACUGGAUAUCCAGAAAAUCGUUGAUCCAAAGCUAAAUGAUGAAUUCAACAUCAGUGUCGCGCGAGAAGUAAUAAAGAUAGCAGUGUCAUGCGUGUACCCAAUAAUUGAAGAAAGGCCUGACGUUAGUCAAAUAUUGACAAAACUUAAGGAGUGUUUGGAUAGAGAGGUGGGUGAUGAUACCAGCAGACCCAAUAUCCUAGUCGGACUCAUCAGAAAAAUAAGACAGAGACAAAAAGGAGCCAUUGUGAAAUCAAUGGAGGAGCAACAGCCACUGAAUUUAGCCAUUAUGAAAACAAUAGAGGAGCAACAACCACUGAAUUUAGCCAUUAUGAAAUCAAUGGAGGAGCAACAACCACCACUGAAUUUAGCCAUGAUGAAAUCAAUGGAGGAGCAACAACCACCACUGAAUUUAGGGAAUGUUAGAAUCUUUACCCGCGCUGAGGUUGCUACAAUAACUUCAAAUUUUAAAGAAGUUAUUGAGGAAGGACCAUUUAACAAAGUUUACCGUGGCUUUCUAAAUGGUGGCGCUCCUGUUGCUGUUAAGAUAUGGUCUCCAUCAUCAAAGCAAGAAUAUCAUGAAUUCCGAACUGAGGUAGAACUAUCAAGUCACCUUUGUCACAGAAAUGUGGUUUCUGCAGUGGGAUACUGUGUUGAAAAUGAUAUCAAGGCAUUGAUAUAUGAAUUCAUGGCUAAUGGAAAUUUGAGACAGCAUUUAUCAGGGAAAUGCAAAAGAAUUUUGUGCUGGAAAGAGAGGCUUCAAAUUGCUAUUGAUAUCGCAUAUGGAUUGGAGUUUCUGCGGACGGAUCGCAAGUUAGCUGGAGUCGGUCUAAAAUUGAAAUCCAAUGUUAUCUUUUUAAAUGAAAACAUGCAAGGCCAGAUAGCUGAUUUCCGAAUAGCUAAAAUUUUGAAUAAAGAAUUUGGUGGAGCUACUGAUCCUUACGAGGCAUUUGCAGACGACGUGACUCCUCGGGGUUGGAGGACGUUGGGACAAAUGGACGCCCUGGACCGCUUCGGCCUAAUUUUACUAGAGUUGUUAACCGGUUGGCCUGUUACGUAUUCCGACUACGAAGAUGUUACGUGCUACCCUCAUCCGCAUAUAAUUGAUCGGGUAAAGCCUUUAAUGAUGACAGGGAAUAUCCAAAGACUUGUUGAUCCAUUUUUGCCAGGAAAAUUCGAUAUCAACACUGCUUCAAAAGUCGCUAUCAACACUGCUUCAAAAGUCGCAAAAUUAGCAAUGUCCUGUGUAUCGGGAUCUGCAGAGCAAAGGCCAGACUUAAGUCAUGUGAUUGUAAAACUCAAGGAGUGUUUGGCAUUAGAGAUGCAUUCCCAACAAACCAAGGGGAUACAAUCGUCACGGGAAUCUGACCAACAAACGGAGGGGAUACAAAUCGGCGAGCAAGAAUUACAAGAUUCAGAUGAAUUCUACUUAAGUCCUCGAUAGCUGAGGAUCUGAGAAAGCUCUCGUUAUCUGUAUGAUGUUUUUCCUCAAGUGAAAUAAAAUAUGAACAUAUUUCAAAUAAAAAAAAAAAAAAAAAACCCGAGGGGAUACAAAUCGUCGAGGAAGAAUCACAAGAUUCAGAUGAAUUCAACUUAAGUCCUCGAUAGGCAAUAUUUCAAAAAAAAAAAAAAAAAAAACCCGAGGGGAUACAAAUCGUCGAGGAAGAAUCACAAGAUUCAGAUGAAUUCAACUUAAGUCCUCGAUAGGCAAUAGUAAAGGCUAAGGAUUUUCUAUUUUAAAGUACACAAUAUUUUCUGUAUGAAUUCCCCAAUGUAUAUAUAUGUAUAUAAAACGUUCACCAAUAA